CCAGGUAUCGGUGGUGAUAUAUAUACAGCAUGGGUUGACGGAAUCGGCGUCACCGUAGAUGACGUCACAUGCAUGACGACUGACGUGACUACUUGCGAUAAGAAUUAUCGUAAUCCAAUCGUUGAUUCUUGGAGUUCAGUAGGAAUGCAACAGGUAAAAUUUGCUUUUUACAAGGACAACGAAGAAGCUGCCUUCGUGAUAUUUGACGCGACCGGAAGUACAAUUACCAGCUGGUUCUCUUCAUCAAAUAUUGUGGAUUCAUCAUGGACCACACUUGCCACAGAUUCUUUUAAUAUUUUCUCCAUCUAUGGUCAUGAUCCAGGUAGAAGGUUUAUGAUCAAUCGUAAUUAUGGUGGAUGCCCUGUAGAUGCCGGAUAUUCAAUUAUUGUUAUUAAUAAUGCACUACCUUGUACAUACGACAUACAAUCGUCUUACCCACAAUUCAUAAUUUCUACAUCCGCAACUUCUGGCAAUCCCGAAGCAAUGACAGGAAUGGACAAAGCAGACGUUAUGGCCAUAUUCAUAAAAUAAAACAUGUCGAGGAGAAGUUUAACGUCGUAUACUCGUGAAUAUCUACAUGUGCAGAAUGAACACUUGUUUAGCUUAAAAUGAUUAUUCAACCAAAUCGAUGCACAGCUUUAUAUUACAGCACAUCACACCGUGUUAUAUUCAUUACAUAUUUGUUAGAUUCGGUCACCUUUCAUGUGUUGAUACAUCAUUAAUCAUUGAAAAUAUCAUCAAGAAAAAAUGUUGUCGUAAGAAUCAAAAGACAUUUAUAUAUAUUACAAAUGCGUUUAGAAAUUUAGUAACUAUUUUCAAUUCGAAGUCAUUGUAUCCUUCCUUUAUCAUCAUCAUCAUCAUCAUCAUCAUCAAUAUUAUCAUCAUCAUCGUCACAAUCAUCAUUGCAUAUUACCUUUAAAUUAAAUGAACGCAAGUUUUGUUACAUUUAGUUAUAUUAUUUAAUUAAAUAACACUCUGUUACAAUUUUACCUUUUAUUUAAUCUAAAUUGUUAUAUACUGCAAACAGUUAAAAUCAGUAAUUUUGAAUUUUAACAUUGAUGAAAGAAACAUCGAAAAGUCAAACAAAAUAAAGAUAAACGUUUGAUUUGGGACAUUUUAGUAAAAAAAAAAACGUCUUUGGUAAAGGC